AAUGUUUAGCUUUUCGGCAACAAGUAUUCAAUAUUUUAUAAGGAAACUAUCAAACUAAUUAUGCCGUUAUUAAACUUUUAUUAAUUAAAGAAAAUUCCGGUACUUAUUAUAAAAUCCCAUGGUAUUGUAAUUUUUAUAAAAGUAUUUUAAUUUAGAAUGUGAGAACGUUUUUAGUUUUUUGAUGUUUAAUAAUUCAGAAGUAUUAUUUUAAUGAUAUACAUAUACAAGUAUUGAAAGCUUAUGAGAGAUAAUUGAAAAGGUAGAAUUAAUUUUAUGUUAGCCAUGGAUGAUGAUACUACUUGUGACUUUAUGGAAAUAAUUAAGGGUUAUGGUACGGAUUUCAACAUGUCUACUGUAAUGCAAUGUGUUCAAGAGUUGAAAGCUUGGCAAGAAUCCCAAAAAGAAAUCUUGCAAGAAAGUGCUUCUGUAAAAUCAUCGAGAAAUAAUAUCGAAGAUGAAUUACAAAUAUUUGAUAUAGCUGAUGAUGUACAAGAAAACCCAACAGAUGAUGAAAUUUCUUCGUGUUAUAGGAUUGAUGAAAAGUUAUUAAAUAACCUUAGAUCAUUUAAAAUAAAAAAUCAGAAUGAGGAUGAUAAUUUUUCUACAAUAUCUGAACUAGAUGAAAAUUUAAUUAUGAAAUGUUCUGAUUUUAGUAAAAGAAAUUCUUCUCCUAAUCAUUUUGCACGAGAUGAAUUAGUGAUUUUAUCGCCUAACAAAAAUUUUGCUCAAACAUGUAAAAUUAGAACAGUAAAUGAUGAUGAAAAAAUGAAUAGUGAAAAAGCUAAAGAUUUAAAAGAUAAUUUUGAAGUUCAGAAUAAAAAUCCAAAACCUUUUUUAAAAAAAGGGGCAGGUUUAGCAAGAUAUGGUUUAAAUUUUGAGGAAGUAAAAAAUAAAAAAGGAAGAUUAAAGUUUAGAAAGCCACAAAUUAUUCAAAAAGUAAAAAUUCCAAAAAAAAAAACUAGUGAAUCAUAUAAGACUUCUAAAACAAGUUUUAAUAAUAAAGUAAUGGAAAGUAAUCGCUUGGAUUUAAACAAAGUUAUGGUUGAAACAUGGAAUAGAUAUGAACCUAAAGAUGAGAUUAUUAAUGAAGAUUUUGAAAUUGUUAGAGAACAAAAAGAGUUGCAUGCUUUUGAAAUAUUAGAAGAACGAGCUAAUGAUUCAAAUUUUAAUGCAGCAUCUCCUAGCGUUCAUCAGCUUCUCCAAGGUACAUCAAAUUUCAACAGUAAUAAAGAAGUACAAGUGACUGGUACUGCUCGUUCUCUUAAUUUUAACCAAGUGAAUACAUCCACUCCUAAUAGACAGUUAAAAGAUUCUGAUGAUGAAUAUUCAGAUUCUAGUCAAGAGUAUGAUCCAUUAGAUUUAAUAGAAGUUAAUAAAAAAUGUAUAUAUUCUGAUGGUAUUCAAAACACAAAAAGUACAAACAAAAAUAAUCAACCUCAAUUGACUGAAGAUGAAAAAAAAUAUUUAGACAAUUUUACUUUAUCUAAACCUGUAAAAAAUGAUUAUAAUUUUGAACAAUCAUUUGAUACAGAAAUAUUGGCUAAAAGAUUAGUGCAGUUAGAAUCUGAAAUUGAAACAUUUCGGACAGAAAAUGCUAAAUUAGCUAAAUUACAGCAGGACUUUGAAGUUGAAAGAAAAAAGUUCUUUAAAAGUAAAGAUGAUUUUUUAAAGAAAAUUGAUGAAGAAAAAAAAAAUAAUGAAGAAAAGUUAGCUGAAGAAAAAAAAAAAUUUGCUAAAGAGAAAGCUAUUUUUGAAAAAAACUCUAGAGAGUUAAAAAAUAGACCUACUAGACAAGAAAGAGAAGAAAUCAAAACACUAAAAGAACAGUUGGCAGAACUAAAAGAAGAAUUAAAUAAAAAAGAAUCUCGUUGGGCAGCAGGUCAAGCUCGAUUGAGAAACCAAAUGAAAGUUUUAGAAAACGCUAAUACUGCUCUUAAAAAUGAGCUAGAACUAGUGAGAAAAGCAUCAUUAAAUAAAAAAGUAACCUUUAAAUCUUCUAUAGAAAAACAAGCUAUGAGAAAUACAAAAAUUCUUCAUAAUGUAAAUAAUGAAAUUAGUAAACUUACACUAGAUGAUGUUUCAUCGAUGGUUGAUCCUAGGUCAAAAAAAGUACCUCCAUCAAUUCUAAGAAAACCAUCCAUAAAAUUAACUGAAUCUUACGAAUCAUCUGAAGAUAAUUCCUCUAAUAGCAGUCAAUCAAAUGAAAAUAUAUUGACUGGAAACAGUGAUAAUUUGACUAAAAUUGAUGAUUAUAAUAGUGAUUCUGGAGUUAUACGUGAGACAGUGCUUGAUGACGGGCGUAAAGAGAUAUUAUAUUCAAAUGGUAAUUUCAAAAAAAUAUCUGCUGAUGGCAAGACUAUUAAAACUAUUUAUUACAAUGGCGAUGUAAAAGAAACAAAUGAAAGUUCUGAGCGUUAUUACUUUUCUGAAAAUAAAACCUAUCAUACAACGUUUAAUGAUGGUCUUGAAAUAAUUGAAUUUCCUAAUGGACAAAUUGAAAAACAUUAUAUAAAUGGCACAAUAGAAAUUGAAUAUGUGGAUGGUAAAAAACAUACUAUUUAUCCGGAUGGUAAAGAAAUAUGGAAUUAUUUAGAUGGUUCAUGUUUAACUAUAAAUUCAAAUGGGUGUCGUGAAUUAGUAUUUCAGAAUGGACAACGAGAAAUACAUACCAAUGAGUAUAAAAAGAGAAUAUUUCCUGAUGGCACGACUAAAAUUAUUUAUUCAGAUGGAUCACAAGAGACUAAAUACUCAGAUGGUAGGAUCCGUAAAAAAGAUAAAGAUGGCAACUUAACUUUGGAUUUUAGCGCUGCUCCUUAAAGUAUAUCAUUUUAUAAAAUUUAAUUGAUUGAAUUUUUAUGUAAUUUUAUGUUAUUAUGAACAUUUAUUUUAUAAAAGAGUUGUAUUAUUUUAUUUUAAGUAUUAUAUUAAUUAUUUAAU